CCACGUCAAUUAAUGAGGCCAGCUGGAUUUUUUUUUUCCUUUUUUCAUUAAAUUUAAAUAAAAUUAAAACUUACUAAUUAUCUUACUAAUUAUUUACAUAUUUUAAUAAAAAAAAUACAAAUUAAAUAGAAGAAGAUGGACUCAAAGCAGACGACACCCUCAAAGCACCCAAAGCUUCUACUUCUUCGUCUUCUUCAUGCUAAAGAAGAAUUAGGGUUUCUGAGUUCAUAUUCAUCUCUGUUCUUCAUAUCUGUUCUUCAUCUUUGUUCCUCAUCUCUGUUCUUCAUCUUUGUUCCUCAUCUCUGUUCUUCAUCUCUCGUCCUUCCUCAUUCUCUGGCCAAUUGUGCAAAUGUCUCAAACGUCAAGGGAAUCUCGAUCUGGUUCAAAAUCUUCUUCUUCCAUUGCUGUUCGACGCACAAUGAUACGACGUGGGAGGUGUAAUUGCGGAGACCUGGUAGUGUAUUUGACUUCCCACACUGAUAUUAACCCGAAUAGAAAUUUCUGGAGAUGCAGACAUUUCUUGAGACCAAAUGACUGUGGCUUUUUUCUAUGGGAUGAUGAGUCUGGCUUAGAUGGUGCAGAGAGACAAAAUGUAAUUGAAGGGGUGAAAACAUUUGAAGAAUUGGAGGAUAUGAAAAGGAGAUUGGCAGAAAGACAGAUGGAAUUGGAGGCUACGAAGAGGAAGUGGGAGGACACUUUGACCAAAUUGGAGGACAUGAAGACCAAAUUGGAGGAUAGCCAGUUGAAGAUUGUCAAUCUGCAAUGGAACCUUAAAUGAGAAAUUCAGAAGAAUAACUUGGCAAUUUUGACAUGUAUUAUGUUGUUUGUAGUGGUUGUAUGGCUUCGUGUGUAAUGGAUUGUGGUGGAUGUAACCGUAGUGGAGUGUAGCAGUAAUCUAAACCUUACAUUUUGUACCAGUGAAUGAAAUUAAUAUGUUGGAUCUCAUCCUUGUUACAUAGCUUUAUUUUGGAUCG